UGUAAGUGGGAAGCUAGAGUCCCACAGUGCCACAUUUUCCGUCACUCUGUGUGUUUCUCUGCUGACCAGCUGGGACAGAAACAGAGACAACAUGAAACAAACUACAGGUCUUGUGGAGGUCAUAGAGCUAACAGAGAAAUUCACCUUCAAUCCUAAGGAGGGAAUAGACAACCCAGCAAUGGUCAUCUCAGAUGAUGCAGAGCCUUGCUCAGGGCCCACACCGCGUCUCUGCAUUCUUAAACGUGAAGAGGGUGAGUCCUUCAGCUUCCACCUGCGUGUGGAGAGGGGCUGCCUUGGUCAUGUGAUCAGACAGGUGACACCGUGGGGGGUGGCGGAGCGCGGUGGUCUCAGAGACGGGGAUCGACUCCUGGAGGUCAAUGAGAGCUUUGUGGAUGACAUCACACACCUAGAGGUGGCCAUGCGUAUAAAGCUUAGUGGGCGCCAGCUGUGUCUGCUGGUGUUGGAUGGAGAGGAGUACGACCAGGCGGUGUCACAGGGUCAUGACCUCCAGGCCCUAGCCAGAGCACACAGGGGAGAGGGCUGCAGCCCACCCAGGCUCUGCCACAUCAUCAGAGACACAGCCUCAGGCCUUGGAGUCAACUUCCUGCCUGUGGAAGGGGAGAAGGGCCAGAUCUCAGUGAGCCUGUUGAGUGGGGGUCCGGCCGAGAGAGCGGGGGUGCGUCGGGGAGACCGCCUGUUGUGGAUCGAUGGUGACACGGUGUCAGAGCUCACACACUCUGUUCUCAUCAAGAUGGUGAAGAAGUGCAGGGACCACAUUACCAUCCUGGUGAUUGACAGUGAGAGUGAGCAGAGCUAUGCCCGCAGGCGGAUGCCAAUCCUACCCACCCUGGCUGGUUCCCACCACAACCUGCCCCAUACACCCAGGAAACUCCAUCUGGUCCCUGGGCCCGAGGGGUAUGGCUUCCUCCUCAGAGAGGAGAUGACCCCAUCGGGAUGCAAAGCCCACGUAAUGCGUGAGGUAGACCAAGGCAGCCCGGCUGAGGAGGCAGGCAUUGAGGAAGGAGACCUGCUACUGGAGGUCAAUGGAGAGGCAGUGGAGUCACUGGGCCAUGAGGACAUAGUGGACAGAGUACGGAAGAGUGGCCAACAGGUCACCCUUACCACCAUCACAGCCAGUGGCCAAGAGUUUUACACGCAGUUGGAUCUAUCCCCUCUGCUCUUCUGUGGGAGUAAUGCAGUUGAACAGGUAAAGGAAAAGGAGAACCUAGCCCCACCACCACUCCCAGUUGUAGUGGAGGUUCCAAAGGAAGAACCAGUGGUGCUGCCCACUGUGCCUAGUCCACGACUUUGUGUUCUCCAGAAAGGACCUCUGGGUUUCGGCAUCAACUUGGGCUGUUUCCAGGACACCCCUGGAACCUUUGUAAGCCAGGUGGCACUGGGGGGCUCUGGGAGUAGAGCAGGACUACAGGUAGGGGACGUGGUGAUGGAGGUGAACGGACAGAACAUGGAGGAGAAUUGUCUGGAGGAUGUGAUGGUUCUGGUUCAGGAGGGAGGACAUUAUCUCUCUCUUCUGGUUGUGGAGAAGAGUGGGUACAACAAGCUCGAACAGAGCCAGAGCCCCUUCACUACUGUAGAGGCUACGAUGGAGGAGGAAACUGAUGUGAAAUCUGCCCUGUGAGUGACCGAAAAUUACCCAAGCACCUGUAUAUCUGAGAGCGUAUACUAGGACCCAUACUCAUCCAGCAUCAUUGCCACUAAAGGGUAAAGAAAGUGUUAACCCCUGUAGGUAAUAUAAGUGGUCUAAAUAUGAUUCAAAUUCAAUCUGAGGGAGAUGAUACAAAAACUAUUUCUGUGAGGAGGCAUGUCUUUAGAGGGUCCAGAUGAUGACCCCGAUGAAGAGCACAACCACAGCUGCCAGAAACCAACCCCAAAAGACAGAAGAGAUCUUGGUCUCAACUUGAACCACACAAUCUGCUGUGCUAUGGAUCAAGAUGAAGAAAAUACCUAAAUAAAGUGGUAGAUAUCAGUAUUGUAACCUCUAUCCAUGAAGAUCGACUGUAGGUUGUUAUCCUAUUAGAUUAUUGUUGUUUGAUUCAUGUAUUUAAACUUGAAUAUGUUGAUGUAAUUUGGCCUGAACUUGGAACUUAUGUAUUUUACAACAUUGAACAUGAAUGUUCUAUAUGAUGCUACCUGAAACAGCAAAUGAAUAAUGACUGCAGAAUUGGAAGUUUUAUCCCCCUCUAUUAUUUGUCUUUCUCACCAAGAAUGGAAAUAGGCAUAAUACAGUGCCUUCAGAAAGUAUUCACACCCCUUGACUUUUUCCACAUUUUGUUGUGUUACAGCAUGAAUUUAAAAUGGAUUUACAGAAUAAAAC